UUUCGAACUACAUGAGAUUGCCGUCAGUUGUCAUUUGAUAGAUAUUUUGAUAACUCAUAAUUAGUUUGUCAAUAAAACAAAUUAACACUUAAAAAAGUUCUUUUAUGACAUUGAAAACGAUAGCUUAUAUUAAUUUUUCUUAUAAUAAAUUGAAACAACUACAAUAAUGGCUACUGAAGAGAACUUUGAACAGUUUGAGGAUGAAGAAUCUGAAUUGCCAAUAGGAGGAACAUUACCUAGUGGACGUAAACGUUUAUUCUCCAAAGAACUUCGUUGUAUGAUGUAUGGCUUUGGUGAUGACCAGAAUCCCUAUACAGAGAGUGUAGACUUAUUAGAAGAUUUAGUGAUUGAAUAUAUAACUGAAAUGACCCAUAGAGCAAUGGAAAUUGGACGAACAGGUCGAGUACAAGUUGAAGAUGUUGUAUUUUUAGUGAGAAAAGAUCCGAGGAAAUAUGCAAGAGUGAAAGAUCUUCUCACUAUGAACGAAGAGUUAAAGAAGGCUCGAAAAGCGUUUGAUGAAGUUAAAUAUGCAGGUAACAUUACUCAAUGAACGUUUCUUUUAUGCUGAUUGCCACAAGAUACCGUCUAAAAUAGCAUGUAUGGAUUUUUUGUUUUAUGCUGUUAAUUAUUGUAUUUUAAUGACGUCUAUAAAUAUUUAGCACAAUAGAAUAGAAUACUAUUUGCUUUAUAAUUCUUUUUUUCUGAAUAGUAUUAUGAAAAUAUUUUUUAAGUUUAGCAUUCAACUUAUCAAAUAAAAGCAGCAUUGAUUGUGUUAUUGAGGUAUGUUAAACUUAGUGAUAAAACAUGAUUUUGUUUAAGAAUAUAUUAAGCAUGGUCAAUGAUCUUAUUGUUAUUUACAUGAAAUAUUUGCAUAAAUGCAUGAUGUAAAUGCAUGUCAUGUAUGAUUGUAAAUCAAACUACAUUGGUUUGCUGAUCAAACUUGCUUGUAGAGCCAAAAAUUUAUCAUUAUACAAGUAUUGUAUCAAUUUUUUAUCACUAUUUAUUAAAUUAUCGUUCAAUCUCUA